AUGUUUGGCGAUACGUUGGGUGAAAGAAUUGCUAGAAUUGGCCGAUUACCUAGUGAGAACACAGCUGUGUUAGUGUGGAAGGAGUCGACUGAUGGGAGGUUCACAGUGAAGAGAGGCUAUGAGGCGUCCCAAGCUCAUGGGCCGAGUAUAGAUAGCAAACUGUGGAAGAAAGUUUGGAGCCCAAGGUUGCACUUCAGGCACUCGAUGAUGUUAUGGAGAGUGAUUUCGGACUGCCUACCGACUAAAGAAAGGUUAGUUUUUGUAAGGGAUAAGAUUUGUUCUAUGUGUGGGGAAGAAACUGAAUCUGACACUCAUUUAUUUUGGGAUUGUCAUUGUGCAUGGGCGCUUUGGUUUGGCAGCCCCUUCUCCUCCCGUGGAGGGGUAGGUAAUGGUAACUCGAUCAAGGAAAGAUUAGUGAGGCUCUUGGAAAGUAUCCCGAGGCAGCAUACUGCUAGCUUCCUAUCUUUCGUGAGGUGUUUGUUUGAAGGUAUUUGGAAAGCUAGAAACGAACUCUUGUUCAAAGGGGGUGUAGUUGAUAUCCUACAAAUAAGAGACUCCAUUAUGAGGAGACACUCUAAAGCCUUAAGAGCAAUGAAGGAGGAUUCGGACAUAGGUGUAACAACACCUACUGGUGUGAUUGGAAAAACGGUAUGCAACACUGCUGAUAUAUUCAGUGUCUCGGACGCAUCUUGGAAGGAGGACAAGGCAGGUCUUGCGGUGGGAUUACUGGAUAGGCAAAACAACAAAACGGAGUGGUUCACCAAGCAAGUUUCGGCUUCUUCUACAGCUGAGGCAAAGUUGCUGGCAAUUCAAUGGGCUAUGCAGCUAGUUAGAGAGAAAGGAUUUAGAAGAGACAAUUUAGCUUGUGAUGCUUUAGCAAAAUGGGCUAGAGAAAAUAGUCAGUGUAAUGGCUACAUUUUGAGGGAGGGAUCCCCUAUUGUGAUUCCCAACUUUUUAUUGCAAUGA